CCGCCAAACGCCUGCCAGUGAUUAAUUAAUGAUUUCGAGUAACGUCUCUCACCUCGAAUCACGGCCCACAUCCUCUGCUUUCACCCCAGUGAAUGCUCGCCUGCCUGGCUGUUCAUCUCUAUCCCGCACAACUUAAUAAGAGGCGUGUUGUUGCUCCCUACACAGGCCUGUCUGCAUACACAGUGUUCUCACAAACACUCCUCGGCGCCCUGUUUCCGAUUUGGUGCCUGAGCAGGCCUGACCUGAAUUUUCAUUGCUACGAUAUCUGUGAUGGCGGGCAACCUGACUGCUGCUCUGGCGCAGCUGAGUCUAAACUCGGAAGAUCUCAGCGCCUCUAGCUUUGAUGCCCGUCUGGCCGAUGAGGAAAGUGCCAUUUACAGAGAGGCCAAACCGCGACAGAGGGUUCGCCAGAACGCCGCUGACCUCAAGAAAGAACUAGAACACGAGUUCCUUAGUCCAUCGGCCCGUUUCGGUUCAGGAUGGCUGAAUCGUCUUCAAAGGAGAUGGGAUGUGUCCACGGACUAUGCAGAUCUGUUCGACAUUGCGGGAACUCAAACGCGAACAGUCGUCCGAUUCGAUCGCGAUGGCCUAGAAGGUCGCGUUACUGGCUACCACGAAGUCACUAUUCCUGCCGCCAGUGCCAAUGCAAAGAACUCUACGUCUCUCCUUCGUCGACCCGCUGGCCGUGCGGAUUUCGUGAGGGGAGCGGCAGGCUUUUUCCCGUUCGCUCCGGGUGGGCUGGAAGGGGUCGAGGCGAUUGCUGAGAUGGAAUCGGAUUCUCAAGUCGCAGACUACCCUAAAUCUGGGGGGAAGCAAUCGGGACUUGACCGAAUUAUUAACUUCGGUGCCGAAGGCGGUCUGCUAGAACUUGCCCCUGGAUUCUCUCGUGGACUGAAAUUCGAUGAAACAAAAUCCAAAGAGGCUGCGCAAGGAGACGAAGAAGUAGAGCAUGCUUUGCAACAGGAAGAAAUCGAGCUUCGCGUUGAGCAAGAUGAGACAGCUUCAGAUGCUGGAGGUGUUAAGAUCGACGACGAAGCAGAGUUAAGUGAUGAAGAGGAUAUCGACUCCUUGUUACCAGUUGAGUUCCCGGCAUUGGAACCCCACGCUCCGCUGCUCGCAGGUGUUCAGCAAAGAAAGAGUGGUAGAGAAUGGGCUCAUGUCGUUGAUGUCAACAAAGAUAUCCCGAACUUCCGUGAGCUCGUGCCAGACAUGGCUCGUGAGUGGCCAUUCGAGCUGGACACUUUCCAGAAAGAGGCCGUCUAUCAUCUGGAGAACGGUGACUCUGUCUUUGUGGCUGCACACACAUCAGCCGGUAAGACUGUCGUGGCUGAAUAUGCCAUUGCUCUAGCUUCCAAGCACAUGACCAAAGCCAUCUACACUUCGCCAAUCAAAGCUCUGAGCAAUCAGAAAUUCCGUGAUUUUAGGACGACAUUCGACGAUGUGGGUAUCCUGACGGGUGAUGUCCAGAUAAACCCUGAAGCAAGCUGCCUUAUCAUGACCACCGAGAUUCUGCGAAGUAUGCUUUACCGCGGAGCGGACCUGAUCAGGGACGUGGAGUUUGUGAUUUUUGACGAGGUUCAUUAUGUCAAUGACCUAGAGAGAGGUGUGGUCUGGGAAGAGGUCAUUAUCAUGCUUCCGGAGCACGUUACUCUGAUCCUGCUGUCUGCCACCGUUCCUAACACUUAUGAAUUCGCAUCAUGGGUUGGUCGUACGAAGAAGAAAGACAUUUAUGUCAUUUCCACCCCCAAGAGACCAGUCCCUCUCGAACACUACCUUUGGGCUGGUAAAGGGAUGUACAAAGUUGUUGACUCCAACAAGCGUUUCCUCGAGAAUGGCUGGAAGGAGGCUGACGAGAUCAUUUCCGGAAGGGACAAAAUCAAGGCUCAGAAAGCAGCCGAGGCUCAAGCCCAGUCGCAGGCAAGCCGUGGAGCACCACAGGGUAGAGGACGCGGACAAGCUCCUGGUAGAGGCGGCGCCCGCGGCAACUCGCAGCGUGGAGGCGCCCCCCGUGGAAGAGGUCAGCCAGCCAACAGAGGUACCGGGAACAUUGCUCGCACGGGGCGUGGUGGCGGAAGGACCACAGCCGCGCAAGAUAAGACUAUUUGGGUACAGCUUGUUCAGCAUCUUCGGAAGGAAAAUCUGCUCCCCGGCUGUAUCUUCGUUUUCUCGAAGAAGCGCUGCGAACAAAAUGCUGACUCGCUUUCUAACCAAGACUUUACGACCGCUGCAGAAAAGAGCUUGAUCCACAUGUUUAUCGAAAAGUCUCUUACAAGACUCAAACCAGAAGACCGGACGCUUCCACAAAUCCUUAGACUCCGAGACUUGCUUAGUCGGGGUAUUGCCGUACAUCAUGGCGGUCUUUUGCCCAUCAUGAAGGAAAUCGUGGAGAUAUUGUUCGCCAAGUCAUUAGUCAAAGUACUAUUUGCCACGGAGACGUUUGCUAUGGGUCUGAAUUUACCGACUCGUACGGUGGUCUUCUCCGGGUUCCGCAAGCACGAUGGCAAGGGUUUCCGGGAUCUGCUACCCGGAGAGUAUACUCAAAUGGCCGGACGUGCUGGAAGAAGAGGUCUUGACACCGUCGGCUAUGUGAUCAUCGUAAACCCUGGCAGAGAUGAAGCACCACCAGCUGGAGCUCUGAGACGGAUGAUCUUGGGCGAUCCGACGAAGUUACGAUCUCAAUUCAGGCUCACAUACAAUAUGAUACUCAACCUACUCCGCGUCGAAGCCUUGAAGAUUGAAGAAAUGAUCAAGCGUAGCUUCAGUGAGAAUGCCACUCAGGCACUUCUCCCAGAGCAUGAGAAGCAGGUUCAGCUUUCUGAGGCCAGCUUAGCGAAGAUCAAGCGCGAAUCUUGCGACAUAUGUGAUAUCGACCUUGCCGCCUGCCAUGAUGCAGCUAUCGAGUAUGAAAAACUGACCAGCGAACUUCAUGUGGGACUGCUGUCCUCUCCAGUAGGAAAGCGUCUGUUCAUGCCGAAGCGGCUGGUUGUGUAUAGGAAGGACGGAUUCCGUACGGCGGGUGUUAUUGUUCGGGAGGGCAUUGGAGGGGGUGCCACGCCCACCAUACAGGUCCUGGAAAUUGGAAGAAUUGGAGGCAGGCGUCAUCCCAGCGAUAUUCUUCCAUUCCUUCCAAGAUUCCGGCAUUUGUUCCAGUCUUUGCCCACUCGUGCCGCGGAUAUGACCCUGAAGACGUCUAAGAUACCAUUGUCGGAUCUUGAAUGCAUUACAAAUACAAUGAUCAAGUUGGGUGGCCCAAUAUGGUACCUGAACAUCAAGAAAGAGGCAAUGAAGUUCGCGGAUAAAGAGCUUUCAAAGUUCUGUGCUUCGUGGACGACUCCAGCCUGGGAUGAGAUGGACUGGGCUAGGAUCAAGGAGCUACAGGUUAGAGACAUACUGGAGAAGCGGCAGGAACAAGCUGCAAUUGCCCAAUCUUGCCGAUGCCUGCAAUGCCCAGACUUCUUAAAACAUUUCGAAAUGCAACACGAUGAAUGGCAGGUCAAAGAAAAUAUCUCGCAGUUGAAACAGCUGAUGUCCGAUCAGAAUCUGGCGCUGCUCCCUGAUUAUGAGCAACGCAUUCAAGUACUAAAGGAUUUAGGCUUCGUAGAUGAGCAGGCACGUGUGCAGCUUAAAGGCAAAGUGGCAUGUGAGAUCCACUCAUCCGAUGAAUUGGUCCUGACGGAAUUGAUCCUUGAAAACGUCUUGGCCGAAUACGAGCCUGAGGAGAUUGUUGCGCUGCUGUCUGCCUUUGUCUUCCAGGAGAAGACUGAAAAUGUACCCACAUUGACACCGCGACUUGAGAAGGGCAAGGAGGCCAUUGUCAAGAUCUCGGACAGAGUCAAUGACAUUCAAAUUCAACAUCAGGUCAUUCAGACCAGUGAGGACAGUAACGACUUCGCUAGUCAGCCGCGGUUUGGCCUGUCGGAAGUCGUCUACGAAUGGGCGAAGGGCAUGUCAUUCAACCGUAUCACCGAUCUCACCGAUGUGAUGGAAGGCACUAUCGUGCGGACUAUUACUCGUCUGGAUGAGACUUGUCGGGAGGUGAAGAAUGCGGCCAAAUUGGUGGGAGAUCCCAACCUUUAUGCCAAGAUGCAACAGGCACAGGAGCUGAUCAAGAGAGAUGUUAUCUUCGCCGCAUCGCUGUAUAUGUAGGCCGGGGAGAGGGACCACGUGGUGGGGAGGGCUUAUUUUAUGUCGGAAUCCUAUUUUGAUUUUUUUUUAAAUGCGUUCCAUUGAUUUAGUUGAAUAAACAAGUGAAUAAUAACACAGAC